AGUUACAAGGGUAUUGGAAUACAAGAUAUUCGAUAAUUAUUGCAUUGUAUUGAUAUAAUUCUAUGAAUGUGGUUACAAUUGUUUCUUACAAAAAGUGUAUUAAAAUUUUGAUAUCAGGAGACAAUGCAUUUCCGCAUGCAUUCCGGUUGCAUUAAAUUUUGGCAUCUCUGGUUUUGCGGCGAAUGAUAUGGAAAAUGUCAAAAUGAUUCGCCGUUUCAAGGGGAGGAAAAUUAAUGAAAGACUUGACAGGUAUUCAGUCUGCCUUGCAGCAUAUAUGCCGUUGUCUAUUUUUUAAAUAUUCCUAUUUAUGUUAAAUAAGUGAAUUUAAUUGCUAGCAAAAUACAAUUUAUGUAAAUGCACUAACCCAGGCAUAAGCGUAAAGUAGCUGUAUUAAAGUUAUAUUGUGAAAAUAUUGUAAACGAUUUUGAGGGGUAGCAACGGUAUGGCGGAAAAUGGCAUGCGUGUUGGAGGCGCCAGCGGUACUGAAGUUGGCGACUAUAGUAAUGGAAAUCAUGAGCACGAGUUAGGCCAAGAAAAUAUUAAGAGCACGCCGCGAUUAAACGAGACUGCACAAAAGUAUAUGCAAGAAUUACUCGCUGAGCGAGCACGUAUGGAAAAUCACUUUCCUUUAGCAGUGAAGCUGAUCGAUGAAGCUCUGGAACGCAUCCAGCUGAAUGGACGCAUACCUACGCGUGAGCAAUAUGCAGAUGUUUAUCAGCAAAGGACUAUUAGACUGUCACAAAAGGUGCAUGUUCCCAUAAAAGAUAAAAAGUUUAAUUACGUUGGGAAAUUGCUUGGACCAAAGGGAAACUCAUUGCGACGUCUACAAGAGGAAACACAAUGUAAAAUUGUGAUACUUGGACGUUUUUCAAUGAAAGAUCGUGUUCGCGAAGAGGAGUUGCGCAACUCGGCUGAUGCCAAAUACGCUCAUCUUAAUUUACCGUUACAUGUUGAAGUGUCAACCGUUGCCCCACCAGCUGAAGCAUAUGCACGCAUUGCCUACGCUUUAGCAGAAAUUCGACGUUAUUUAAUACCGGACAAACACGAUGACAUACGGCAAGAGCAAUUUCGUGAGCUAAUGGAAGAUCCUGAAGCUGCUAAGAAAAUUACCACACGUCAACAACAGCAACAGCAGCAACAACAACAAAAUAACGCUCAUUCAGUUGGCGGCAACAACAAUAAUUCAAAUCAUCGCUCAGGUGGUUCAGCUGGAAGCAGCGGCAUGUAUAGGCCUAAAUAUCAACAGCAAUUUAACUACCAUUAUAAUGAUGAGACUGUUUAUUACCGUUCGCAUAACAACAAUUAUCACCAACCAAAACCUUAUGUGCCAGGUGAAAAUAAUGGCUUUUAUACUCGAUAAUAUCUGCCCAACGCUCAAACUUAAUGCACUCGACAAUGCCACCACAAGCUAUUGUCAAUGCUUCACCAUCGGGUAUGAUGCCAAAUACAUCAAAUUAUAGUGGGCGUGGUUCAGCCAUAAAUAGUGGCAUACCAUCGAAUAACGUAAAUAAUUUACGAUACCGUUCGUCAUUGCCGCCGUAUCAGUUUGUGAAAAAAUAAUGGACAGACAUAGCCAUUAAAUGGAUUUCGAAAAGUUUAUUUUUUGUUGCUUCGUUUUCCAUAUUUCCAAUGUAUGUAAUUAUGCAUAUGCAUAAACAUAUUGUUUACCCCCUAUAAUGUUAGCAUUACGGCUGACCAAUGUUUCAUUUGUUAACUAGUGUACUGGUUGCGUUAUAUAGACGUAGUUAUAUAAUAUUAUUCUACCAAACAUAAAUACACACGCAUACACAUAUUUGACAUUUAUGUAUAAUUUACAUACGAACAUCCAUUUAUACAUACACAUUCAUGGUUAUGAAAAGUUUGGUGUGUACAUAUUGUAGAAAUUCAAUUGUACUGAUUUCACCUACUAUACAUAUUUAUGCGUAGCCUUAACAUAUACUUUUAUUACAUAUAUACAUACAUAUAUAUAUUUUUUUGAGUUUGUUGAAAGAGUAUAUCUUUGUUUUUAUAACAUUAAAUUAAAAAAAAAAAACUAUACAUCUUCAUUGCGAUUGUCAUAAUAAAAGCUGCUGCUGAAAAUAUAUAACAUAAUAUUAAUAAUA